UUUUUUAAAAUUAUGCAACACCUGUUGCUUUGAAAAUCAGCCAAUUGGUUCGUGACACACGGUGCCACUCUCCACGAAAGGCUACGGUCGUGGCACUGAUGCCACAUAGGCACGGAUUGCUCCGUGAACAUUAUAUAUUCCAUAGGGCCAUAACAAACGACUUUUUCCAAAGCAUAGGGACCAAACGUAAACUUUUGUGUGUUUUUUUUAUUGUUCGUUCAAAAAGUAUGAAGAUUCCCUGGCAAUCCCUGGAUCUGUAUUUAAGCAAGAACCCUAGUGGGAUUAUUAACAGAGAUUGAAGUUUCAAAAAUGGAUGAAAAGGGGAAGUCGAGUGUGAGCGAGAGUCUGGCGAGAAGCAUAAGUAGGGGUAUCAGCAUGGCUUCCCCGGGUUGGCGGAUUGAAGAUGUGUUUUCCCCCGGUAGAGGUGGUAGUCAUGACGGACGGACAAGUCGUAAUUCCAAGGAAGACGAAGAGGCCUUGCGAUGGGCUGCUUUAGAGAAACUUCCUACUUACAGUCGAGUACGAACCACCAUCUUCAAGUCAUAUAGUCCGUUAGGUCAGCAGCAAAAGCAUUCUGAUCAUAAUCAGAUGUUGUUGGAUGUAAGAGCGCUUGACUCAAAUGCUCGACAGAAAUUUAUAGACAAGAUUUUUAUGGACCCUGAAGAAGAUAACGAUAAGUUCUUGAAGAAGUUCAGAGAUCGAGUUGACAAGGCUGGAAUCACACUUCCAACGGUUGAAGUUCGGUUUCAAAAUUUGUGUAUAGAAGCUGAUUGCCAUGUCGGAGAUAGAGCACUCCAAACGCUGAUAAAUUCUGCCAGAAAUAUUGUUGAAUCCUUUUUCGCUAUUGUCGGGAUCAAUUUUUCACAAAAGGCUAAACUUCAUAUUCUUAAAGAUGCAUCCGGAGUUAUCAGACCAUCAAGGUUGGCACUUCUAUUGGGUCCGCCAUCUUCUGGUAAGACAACCCUUCUGUUGGCUCUAGCAGGAAGAUUGGAUAAAAACUUAAAAGUUGAUGGAGAGAUAACUUACAACGGUCAUAAGCUCAAUGAAUUUGAACCACGAAGGACAGCAGGAUACAUUAGCCAGAACGAUAUUCAUGCUGGAGAAAUGACUGUGAAAGAAACAUUAGAUUUCUCAGCAAGAUGCCAGGGAAUUGGAUCUCGUUUAGAAAUGCUAACUGAGCUUACAAGAAGAGAAAAGGAAAAUGGGGUCAACCCAGAACCUGAAGUCGACUUUUUUAUGAAGGCCACUGCCAUUGAAGGAGACGAGAGCAGUUUGAUUACGUACUACACUCUAAGAAUAUUGGGCCUCGAUGUAUGUCGUGACACGUUUGUUGGAGAUCAAAUGAGACGAGGUAUCUCUGGAGGACAAAAGAAGCGUGUAACCACAGGUGAGAUGCUUGUGGGACCCGCAAAAACUUUGUUUAUGGAUGAGAUCUCAACAGGUCUAGAUAGUUCAACUACGUUUCAAAUAGUCAAGUGCUUACAGCAAGUUGUACACCUCACCGAUUCAACAAUCUUUAUGUCCCUACUACAACCUGCUCCAGAGACGUUUGAUCUAUUCGAUGAUAUUAUCCUACUAUCUGAGGGCCAAAUCGUGUAUCAAGGACCACGAGAAUAUGUUGUUGAGUUCUUCGAGAGUUGUGGAUUCAUGUGUCCCGAAAGAAAGGGUACAGCUGACUUCUUGCAAGAGGUGACCUCUAAAAAAGAUCAAGAACAAUAUUGGGCAGAUAAAAGCAUGCCAUAUCGAUAUAUACCAGUCACUGAGUUUUCCGAGCGAUUCAAUCGUUUCCACGUGGGGGAAAAUUUGAAAAAGGAGUUGUCAGUUCCAUACGAUAAAAACAAAAGCCAUAAAGCAGCUUUAGUUUUUGAAAAAUACUUAGUCCCUAAAAUGGAGCUCCUUAAGGCCUCAUGGGAUAAAGAGUGGCUACUAAUGAAGAGAAACGCAUUUAUUUACGUUUUCAAGUCUAUACAAAUCGUGUUUAUAGCAUUUAUUUGCACGACCUUGUAUUUUAGGACAACCAUGCACCACAGGAAUGAACAAGAUGGAGUUAUUUAUGUAGGGGCACUUUUAAACAGUUUGCUCAUAAACAUGUUUAAUGGGCUUGCUGAUCUUUCAUUAAUUAUAUUGAGGCUUCCUGUAGUUUACAAACAAAGGGACCUCAUGUUCCAUCCUUCAUGGGCUUUCACUCUUCCAGCUUUCUUGCUACGUAUUCCUAUAUCUAUGCUUGAGAGUAUUAUGUGGUGUGGUAUAUAUUACUUUGGCGUUGAUCUUGCCCCUGAUGCUUCCAGGUUCUUCAAGCAUUUGCUGUUGGUUUUCUUGAUCCAAAAUGUAGCAGCGGGACUAUUUAGGCUAAUUGCUGGGGUGUGUAAAACAAUGAACAUUUCAAACACGGGUGGAUCUAUCGUACUUCUUCUUAUAUUUCUGUUGGGUGGUUUUAUACUUCCUAAAACCCGUAUUCCAAACUGGUGGGAGUGGGCGUAUUGGAUUUCACCUCUGUCUUAUGGCUUGAAAGCGUUCGCCAUAAACGAGUUUCUUGAUCCUAGAUGGACAAACAAAAGGAGCACAGACAAUACAACCAAUAUGGGGUAUGCAGUGUUAAGGAACCUAGACGUCCCAACUAAAGAGAGCUCAUAUUGGAUCUGUGCUGCUGCUCUUCUUGGUUUUGCAUUUCUCUUUAAUAUCCUAUUUACUAUAGCUCUCAUGUAUUUAGAAGCCCCUGGAAAACCACAAGCAAUUAUCUCCAAGGAAGAAGCUGCAGCCAUGGAAGGUCAAGAUACCAAUCAACAACCAACAUCACAUCCUGUUGAUGGAAAUAAACGCACUUCCAAUGCUAGUAGUGUUGCUAAGAAGGGAAUGAUUCUUCAGUUUACUCCAUAUUCCAUGUCAUUCGACAACGUGAGCUAUUAUGUUGAUAUGCCUCGUGAAAUGAGAGAGCAAGGGGUGACAGACAAUAGGUUGCAGUUACUUACUGAUGUAACAGGUGCUUUUAGGCCUGGAGUCCUAACUGCUUUAAUGGGAGUAAGUGGGGCAGGUAAAACUACACUAAUGGAUGUUUUAGCAGGAAGAAAGACGACUGGUUAUAUAGAAGGGGACAUAAGAAUAUCAGGAUUCCCAAAAAAACAAGAAACGUUUGCAAGAAUUUCUGGGUAUUGUGAGCAAACCGACAUCCACUCUCCCACAAUUACUGUUCAUGAAUCUUUAAUAUACUCUGCUUUCCUCCGUCUCCCAAAACAAGUCAGCAAGGAAGACAAAAUGGUUUUUGUGGGUGAAGUAAUGGAGCUAGUCGAACUAGACAACAUCAAGGAUGCAAUAGUGGGACUUCCAGGAGUUAGUGGAUUAUCAACAGAACAAAGAAAGAGGCUAACAAUUGCAGUUGAACUUGUUGCAAAUCCUUCAAUUAUUUUCAUGGAUGAACCAACUUCUGGACUUGAUGCAAGAGCAGCUGCCAUUGUUAUGAGGGCUGUAAGAAACACUGUGGACACAGGGAGAACGGUUGUUUGCACCAUUCAUCAGCCAAGUAUUGAUAUAUUUGAAUCUUUUGAUGAGUUGUUACUAUUGAAAAGAGGAGGAAAAGUUAUCUAUGCGGGACCACUAGGCAGGCAUUCUAAAAAUAUCAUCAACCACUUUCAGGAAGUUCCUGGGGUUCCAAAGAUCCCUGAAAAAUCCAAUCCUGCGACAUGGAUGUUGGAAGUCAGCUCUGGUGCUGCCGAGAUGCGGCUCGAUGUUGACUUUGCUGACUACUACAGUGAAUCGCGGGUCCAACGGAGGAACAAGGCAUUGGUGAAGGAGUUGAGUGUACCUACACCAGGUGUUGAAGAUCUUCACUUUGAAACACAAUAUUCUCAAAAUAUAUGGGGACAAUUCACUUCUUGUUUAUGGAAGAUGUGGUGGAGUUAUUGGCGAAAUCCCGAUUAUAACCUUGUUCGUUUCUUCUUCACUUUGCUUUGUGCACUCAUGGUCGGGACUGUAUUCUGGAAAAUCGGAAGCAAAAAGUCAAGCAGCAAUGAUUUGAGCACAACAAUUGGAGCCAUGUACGCUGCUAUAUUUUUUGUUGGUAUUAACAAUUCCCAAACAGUGCAGCCGGUUGUUGCAACAGAAAGAACAGUCUUUUAUCGUGAAAGAGCAGCUGGAAUGUACUCCUCAUUACCAUAUGCCAUGGCACAAGUUAUUGUUGAGAUACCAUAUGUAUUCCUUCAAACUACAUACUACACUCUUAUAGUGUACGCCAUGGUGUCAUUCGAAUGGACAGUACCCAAAUUCUUCUGGCUCUUUUUCAUCAACUUCUUUUCGUUCCUUUACUUCACUUACUAUGGAAUGAUGACUGUUUCCAUUACACCAAACGAGCAUAUCGCAGCCAUAUUCGCAGCUGGUUUCUACCUACUUUUUAACAUCUUCUCAGGGUUUUAUAUCCCACAACCCAAAAUUCCUGGAUGGUGGGUGUGGUACUACUGGAUCUGCCCCAUGGCAUGGACUGUGUAUGGUUGCAUUGUUUCUCAGUAUCAUGAUGCGGAUAACACGAUUAAGGUGCCUGGCAUGGGUAUUGACCCUGCUCUCACAUCGUAUAUCAAGGACUACUAUGGUUUUGAAUUGGAUUUCAUGGGCCCCGUUGCUGCGGUUUUGAUUGGUUUUUGUGUAUUCUUCGCCUUCCUGUAUGCCACUUUCCUUAGGUUUAUGAACUUCCAAUUGAGAUAGAAAAGUAAGUUCUUAAGUACGUGAUGUUUACGGAUUUUUUGAAAGAUCAAGUAAAACUUAUUUUUUUUUUCUUUUCCUUAUUCAAUAACUACUAUCAGAUUUGUGAAUUGUGUUGUAAUUUAUACGUUUGAAUUGUAGCAGGCCUACAAUAAAUUUUGUGUGACAUCAAGGAAUUGUAACCAACUAUUAAAUUUGUUCAAAAUCGAUCACAAACGUUAUUUUACACAAUAUAAGGGUUCUUAACGUUGAGAAAUUUGUUUAAAUUGUACCAAUGUGGCUUCUUAUUGCCUACCCAACUAUAUUUGGCGCCUAAUUGUACCAAUAGGCAUCAGGCUUGUUGCAAGGCUUGAUGCAGAGCAUAUAGAAAACUUGGCUGAAGCAUUUAUUG